AUGAGUUCUGCACCGAAUGGGCGCAAAAAGCGCCCCGGCCGCUCCACUCGCUCCUCGAUCUUUCAGAUCAGCAAGCCGACGCUGCCGAGCGGGGACUGUGAGCGCAGGGGCAGCGGCUCCGAGAGCGCCCACAAGACCCAGAGAGCCCUGGACGACUGCAAGAUGCUUGUCCAAGAAUUCAAUACCCAAGUGGCCCUGUAUCGAGAGUUAGUCAUUUCUAUUGGGGAUGUCUCAGUCAACUGUCCAUCUCUAAGGGCGGAAAUGCACAAGGCCCGAACCAAAGGCUGUGAAAUGGCCCGGCAGGCCCAUCAAAAACUUGCUGCAAUCUCAGGCCCAGAAGAUGGUGAGAUACAUCCAGAAAUCUGCAGGCUUUACAUCCAGUUGCAAUGUUGCUUAGAAAUGUACACCACCGAGAUGCUAAAAUCCAUAUGUCUGCUAGGAUCUCUUCAGUUUCAUCGGAAAGGAAAGGAGCCUGGAAUGGGGAUCAAGAGCCCAGAAUGCAAAACUGAAGAGGGUCCAGAAGUUCCCAUUUUAGAGGACACGCUAUCUUCACCAGUAGACAUUCAGCACCAUUCCUGGCAGGUUUCCACGGAUAUUGAGAAUACUGAAAGAGACAUGCGAGAAAUGAAAAACCUUUUAAGCAAACUCAGGGAGACUAUGCCUUUACCAUUGAAAAAUCAAGAUGACAGCAGCCUCCUGAACCUGACUCCUUAUCCACUAGUUAGAAGACGGAAGAGAAGAUUCUUUGGUCUAUGCUGCCUCAUCUCAAGUUAGAGAAUUCCCAUUAAAACUCCCCCAAGAAAGCCAGAACAUCAAAGAAACAGAUGUCAUUUGCUUUUCAGAUGGAUAAACCACACAGUUACUGGUUAUUGACCAUGUUUUCUAUGCUUCCCUCUUAAUUUUCUUCCCUUCCUUUUCAAGAGUUUUACACUUUAAUUAUUGUCAAGAACCAGAGAGAGAACAGAUUCAAAAUGGAGGAUGUUUUUAAAAGGAUUUUUUAGAUGACCUAGUGCAUGUCUGCUCAAAACCACACAAUGGCUAGA